AUGGAGAAGGACAUCGAAGAGUACCGUCAGCCGUGGGAAAGCAACGAGCACUGGGAACUACGCAAGGAGUUUCUACUCGCUCAUGCCGGCAAGUACGACGAGAACAGACUGCUGUGCCUGGCUCAAGCCUUCGCUAACGUGGAGUUGCUCGGCUGCGCGUACCCCAAGGAUGUGAUGAUGCAGAUCAGCGAGCUGGCCAAAGACGUCACCUCCCUGACCGGCGUCCAGGAGAAGCGGAAGGAAAACUGCAAGGUGCUGUUUGUCAAGGGCGAGGACGACAAGAGCAAGAGCAGGAGCCACAACGAACUGGGCACUUACACCCGCCACUCGAACGCGCCCCCGCACUUCCGUGGAGGUUACAGGGGCCGGAAUCAGCACUACCAAGGGGACGGACGGAUGAGCGCCGCAUCUUUUUUCCAACGCUGAGAUUCGCAUAAACGGGGUACGCUCCACGUCUUCGUGCA